AUGGCGGAUACUGUAGCGUCUACGGCACAGGAGGAGAAUGAUGGUCAUAAGGCUCUUCUUGAGCUUGAAGCUCAAUUCCACGCCAAAUCGCGCAACACCUUUUUCAACGUUCAAGGAUCCCAGAUUUAUGCCCUGACAUCGUUCACGAGAAUCUUUGAACAGUAUCCUUACCCGGUCGUUAUUAAUGCCGCCAUUCUCAAACUGGCUGACUGGUUCCGAACAAACAACAAUAUUGUGAAAUAUUAUGUGUUCAAAGUAUUCAAAGACGCAUCCGAUCAACAUCUCGCCAAAGUCUUCAAUAUUGAAGAAACCGUACGACGAAUAAUGACAGUACUUGGCAGUAACGAUCCGAUCGCUCGUUCCAUCACACUUCGCAUUCUGGGGUGCAUGGCCAAGAUUGUUUCUGAGAAACUGGAAGUUCACCAUGCUAUACUACAACGACUUGAAGCCGCAACGGGUCGUAUCGAAAUCGAGGCAGCCAUUUGGGCCAGCGAUAAUUUCUGUGCUUCUUCGUUACGAUUCCCUUCAGUCAUAUUUCCAAAACUUUCUGCCAAAGUGCAAGAUCCGACAAUUUCACUGGACGUCAAAUUACGAUACAUCAAGAUAUUUCGUCAUAUGCACCGCGAUAUUGCCAUGGCAAGGCAAGCAAAGACGAUCUGCUUGGGUCUACUAGAUAACCCAAACACAGAGGAAAAGCUGGUUAUUGUCACGUUGCGUACCCUUACUUUACUGCUGAGUAAAGCACUCAUGGAUCGCAAAGAGCAGGUAAAGAUUGAAGAGGGCCGAGUGGCGUUACAAAGUACGUCCACUGAGUUAUCGCGUUUAAUCAGAUCGAUCGAUUAUUAUAUUACGCCCUUCAUGACAAUCGGAUUAGCGUUCAAUACAGCGCGUUGUACGAUGUGGUACUGCUCGGUAAAAACGACAUCAUGUUUGAUGAAACCAACAUUCUGGUAA